AUGCUUUGCCUCAAAAGGGCGUCCCAAUUGGGUAUCCCGAAAAAAGUACCAAUUGUGGCACGUCGGUGGACUUCAAAUAUACCCCUGGAAAUCCAUUUACACGGAAAGACUUACAAGUCCGACGAGUGGACGAACGUUCCACCCCAGAUUCUUGCGCUCACAGAUAGAAGUUUGCAUCAAAAUCCUAAUCACCCAAUCGGUAUUCUUCGUCAUUUAAUCGAAGACAACUUUAAGGGAUUGGGUUAUACCUUCUAUAACGAUUUUCGCCCUGCUGUCACGACUUUUCAGAACUUCGAUGUUCUUGACUUCCCCAAGGACCAUCCUGGCAGAGCCAAGCUGGACACUUACUACUUGAACAAAGACAACCUUUUACGAACUCAUACUUCUGCUCAUGAGCAUGAAUGUUUCCAAGUUUGCGAGACGCCCGGUUAUUUCAUCACUGCAGACGUUUACCGCAGAGACGAAAUCGACAAGACUCACUACCCGGCCUUCCACCAAAUGGAAGGAGCUAGAUUAUGGUCUCAAAAGACACCUGAUUUAGAAAAAGUUCUCCAGGCUGAUAUCGACGCUAUACCCAAGACUAAUAUCAUCGUCGAGGAUCCCUUCAGAGAGAAUCCAUCCAACGAGGAGAACCCCAGGCAGAAGCACAUGACUGAUCCAGAGGCCCGCCUCAUAGCGACCCAUUUGAAGAAGACUGUUGAGUACAUGGUAAACUUGGUGUUUGAGAGCGCAAGGGCUGCUGCCUUGAAAGCCGGUGCUGAAGACGACUUCUUGAAAGAGCCAUUGAGAGUUCGCUGGGUCGAAGCAUACUUCCCAUGGACAUCACCAUCUUGGGAGAUUGAGGUCUGGUGGAAGGGCGAAUGGUUAGAGUGCUGUGGCUGUGGUAUUGUGCAGCAGCAGGUGUUGCUCAACUCUGGUCUCGGCGAUGACAAAAUCGGCUGGGCCUUUGGCGUUGGCCUCGACAGAAUCGCCAUGCUUCUUUUCGGUAUUCCAGACAUUAGACUCUUCUGGACGCAUAAUGAGAAGUUCACCAAGCAGUUCACUCAAGGUGAGAUCACCUUGUUCAAGCCUUACUCCAAGUAUCCCGGUAUCACCAGAGAUGUGAGUUUCUGGGUCCCAGCGGGUGUUGAGUUGCAUGUGAACGAUGUUAUGGAGAUUUUCCGCUCCCAUGCUGGUGACUUGGUGGAGACAGUUGAGCAGGUUGAUCAAUUCACCCAUCCCAAGACUGGCAAGACAUCGCACACUUACAGGAUUGAGUUCCAGUCUUUCGACAAGAACUUGACCAGAGACGAAGUAAACGAUAUGCAAGGUGCUGUGUUGGCGGAACUUAAGGAGAAAUACAAGAACCUUUUCAAGGCGUUCAAAGGCAGAGUGACUGUCAGAACAGGAGGCUCUGUCAAGGGUAACUCGCUUGAAAGCGGUACCUACGGUCUCAGACUCAAAUCCAACGGUGUGAGAAUGGCCGCCAUCCAGCUUAAGGAAGCAGACAAGGUUAUCCAGAGACAGCUCAGAGGUACUGGAGUGAAAUACAUCACCAGAUUCACCUGUAACAUCCCCGUGUGUGUCAAGGGUAACCAGACCAGAAUGGGUAAAGGUAAAGGUGGCUUUGACCACUGGGCCGUCAGAGUUCCAACGGGUAAGAUCUUGUUUGAGAUUGUUGGAAAAGUCCACGACAAGGUCGCCAGAGAGGCCUUGCGUAAAGCCGGUGAGAAGUUACCUGGUAUCAUGGAGAUUGUCGACACGCUGUCCAAGAUCCGUGUGAGUCCCACGUCGUUGGUGGAGAAGCCUGAGCCUGUGAACUGGUUGGAGAAGAUCAAGCAGAACCCCACCAAGAAGUGGACCAACAUCGAGAAGUCCAAGUUGCCCGACUACCGUCUUUACAGAAACCGUUAA